UGCUGCGUGUGAGGCGGGUGUUUGUGCGCAAAGCAUCGCCCGUUCCGCAGGCAGGGGGCGCUAGAGAGAGCGAGAGCGAAAGCGAAAACCUCCUCCAACACCAUCAUCAUCCUCAUCAUCAUCAUCAUCAUCAGCACUGCGGCCGCUGUGUAAUCAGGCGGCUCCAGGGCUGAGGCGCACCGAGCCACACAGCGCGCAGCUCAGUGAUAAGGCUCCUUGGAAGAAGAGGAGCGCAAACUACCCUCCAGAGCUGCCACGUUACUUCAGCUGCACUUUGAGGACGCACCAGAAACUGGAUUUUAACCGAUUCCGUUUGAAAAGCAAUCCUUGGAAUAAUCUCAAUCUCACGCACUUUACGCAUCUCCCUGGAUGGUGGGGUUUUCCUUUGUGAAUUCUGGACCCUCUCGCUCGCGUAGAAAUGUGCGUGAGUCUUCUCUUUGCUGAAUUUCUUUCUCUCGAGUUGCGCCUGUAGCCGAGAGCGCACACUUUUUGGCGCAAGGUGCACGUCGGAGGAAAAAAAAGAAAGUUGGAAGUGUCUUAUCAUUCUGCGCGCAGGAACUUUUUGUGAAGUCUCCCACACGUGAGGUGCCUCUGACCGACCUUCUCCUCCUCGUGCCUCGGACACCUCCGGCCGGUGGACACGAUCCACGCGUAAAGGCGCGCGCACUGCAGAGGACAGGGAGACUCUCGCGCCUCCAUAAAUGCCCGGUCCGUCAGAGAGGCUCGAGGCUGGGCAGCAGGAUGAGCGCGUGGGUACAGCUCGUGUUGCUGGCGGCGUGUCUGCGGUUCGGAGUGGCCGAGGGGGAGCCUCUGCCUGCAGCCCUGGUGGAGCUGGUUAGAAACAGCCCCAUCUCGUCCAUAGAGGACCUCCAGCUGCUGCUGCUCUCUGACUCCGUAGAUGAGGAGGACGGGACCUCUGCAGUCAGCGGAGGUCACAGACUACCAAGGAGCCUCGGUGCCCAGCCGGCCCAGCAGGCUCUGUGUAAAGUACGCACAGAGGUGGUUGAGGUUACCAGGGCCAUGUUGGAUCGUAGCAAUGCUAACUUCAUGUUAUGGCCACCCUGCGUCGAGGUGCAGCGCUGCUCCGGCUGCUGCAACACCAAGAGCCUGCACUGUGUCCCUGUCGUCACGCACACCAGAUACUUGCAGGUGAUGAAGAUCGAAUACAUUAAUAAAAGACCCACUUACACCAAAGCGGUGGUGUCCGUGGUGGAUCAUGUGGAGUGCCGGUGUCAGCCCGUGCCUCGUGCCCCAGCGCCCAGGAAAAAAUCAUCGCGCAGGCAACACAGCCACCAACAUCGGAACCAGACACUCAGCCAAGAACACGGACAGGUCAAGACUCAGUCCAAGGAUGAGCUGCAUCAGUGGGACGAGCUGAAGCAGAACCAGAGGGCCCGUCUGGAGGAGCUGCUGGAGCAGCACUGGAGCCCCAGAGGAGACACCUUCACUCAGCCUGGAGAAGGCUACAGUCUGGCUGGGGACGACACGUCUCGGUCCACUGGAGAGGCGGUUCUCUUGGUUCCACACUGGACUCAUAACUCCAGCAGGCUCCACGGGACAGAAGAGAACCCGGAGAACGUGGAGAAGGAGCAUGGUCGGGUCGCAGAAGGCAACAAGACAGUUUCCUCAGUGGAUAACGUUGGUGUUGAGGUAAAGAACAAGUCGGUAGAAGGUGGGAGUAGGUCACUGCUCAACAGCACUGAGGGAAAAGUUAACGAGGGAAACGGGAGCAGAGACAAAGGCACACAAACGCAAGUCCCAUUAUUGCAAGAAGACAAAUCCAAAUUUACAAAGAAUCACAGUGGAGGUGUCUCACAACCUGUUACCGAAAAUCCUCGAGUCAAACUCAGUCCGACUGAGGGAACCAAUAGCGAGAGACGUGGGAACAGGCUGAGGCCGACGAAGGAGCCAAAUCCGGAGCCUCGAGAGCUGGCGAGGCGGAGAGACAACGAGACUCCGGAGGAAGAGAGGAUAUUGCAGAUUGAAGAGGCAAAACUGGAGGAGGAGAGGAAAGAGCUUCUUCUCCUCCACAUGAGGUUGGACCAGGAGAAGGAGAUCCUGAGACAGCAGCAGAUGAGGCGAGAGGACGAGGAGAGGCAGAGAGAAAAGGGGACAGACAGUCGACAUCACCUGAGUGGUAAACAUCAGCAUCAUCUGCAAACAACAACACAGAAACCAGAGACGACAACGUCUACGACCACCACACGACAGCCCUCCGCUCCAGCAGGCCCCAGACCUCCAGCUCGUCCAAACCACACAAAGAGGAGGAUGAGGAAGAAUCGCAAACGCAUCAGCAAGGCAGCUAUGAGAGCGAUGCUAAUGUAGAACUACAGUAAACCCAGGGACACAGUGUGAACUUGGCGUAUUUUGUGGAUAAUCCAGAGGGGACGCAGAGUGACUCCCUCCAUUUAAGUAUUUAUUCCUUCAUUCAGUAACCUGCUCGUCCUGUGAGGUCUCCUCCGUAACACUACUAAUGACUGACCGGUCAACCUGUAAGUACGCCUGGAUGGAGUAAGAGGAACAUGGAAUAUAAAUAAAAAGGUUUUUUUUGAAGAGAACACUUGCCUCUCUACGACGACAGUUGCUGGUGGCGCCCGAGGUCGGAGGACUUGUGUGAAAGCGCGACACAUCUGGACGACUGAAACGGCAUUGCUGUGGAUAAAAGUGCAAUUUCAGAACUCUCCUUGGAACCAUGUCUUGAUAUCAAAAGAGAGAAACUGCACUUAUGGAUUGACGAAGCUGAGUCUGUGCAGGGUUUGGAUGACAAAGUUUGUUGGACGUAAAAAAAUGGACAAAACUCUUCCGUGUCAAGAAAGAAUCCAUUGUAAUGUAAGAGACAAUCAUUCAACGGACUGCAAUGACAAACUAAUGCUGACUAAAAUGACCAAUAUCUCCACGUGUGAGCACAUGUUUGGGACUCAGUGUCGACCAUGUUGGGGAGAUGAAGCCGUGUGGAUUCACCGUACUAAGGCCUGAUAUCAUUUAUUAGCUCAUUAAAAAACAGUGAUGCUCUGUCUUUAACCAUAUUUAAUUAUAUUUAACUCACUGCAAACACUGGAAUUUACACAGAUGUGAUUCGAGAACAAAAUAACGAACCGUCUGGUGUUUCCAAAUCUCAUCACGGGUGAAAAGAAAGAAGAUUGAGGUGCUAUAGGAACGGGAGUUGAUGGCGUCCCACCUGAGGCCUGACCGUGUGCUAUGAUUCUUAUUUAUUUGUCUCGACCACAACUGUGGAAAUACUGCAAACAACUUGUCGUCGAGCCUCACUCACGAUGUUUGAGUGUUUCAAUCAGAAAACAAUGAAAAAACCUCCCAGUACCAUGCAGUGUUGAACCUGUCGAAACAAGUGUGUGCAUGUGUUGUUUUGUACGUGUGUAUUGUAGCUACACUUCUGUGACGCACCUCGAUACUCACGUAGAAGCAUUUACAACAUCUAGUUCUCUCUCCGAUAGAGAGACGUCUUUCUUUUUAGGAACGGGGUGAUUUUAAGAUCAUCUUCGCUAAUAACACCACUUUCAUCGCCGUCAUAGACUGUGUAUAAAGAUGGACGACAUGACAGUUCCCCCGAAAGUGAAGCCAAACGGCCUCGAUCGCCCUCUAAUGGCCGGCUGCGGUGUAGGUUAGAAGUCCCACCUCCUCCAUGUAAGUGGAUGAGACAUGGACCGUCCAAAGAGUCAAACUACACGUCCAAUAAAUUUAUCUCAAAGAUGGUAUCUCAGUGCUAAUUUUCCAGUAAGUUUGGUUUAAAUUAGUUAUUUGAUGCUAUUCAAAUGCGGUGAAACGUCCUGAUUGACAGCUGAGACCAAUAUUUUGGCUUCAUUUCUGGAAAGUGGGAGGAAGUGGAAAUGUGUCGUCCAUCUCUAUUUAGUCUAUGAUCACCAUCACUGAUCCUCGGACUUGUAAUUCGAUUCAGUGCACUUACCUUUUAAAGUAGAAAAUAGUUUGGGAGAGCGUGAGAUUAAAUUCAACGAGGCGGACUGGUGAGGCUGGGGGUUGUGUUCGGCUGAAUGAUGUUAAUUGUCCCGAUGACCUUGCUCUUCUCAUUUAGCCACUUGUUAGCUUCUGCGUGACCUCGGGAGGGAACCAGGAAGUGGAAAAAAUGAUUUGAUUUCCAGGCUCAUUCCUGCAGCACUAGAAACAAAAAGUCUCAUUCUUUUAUGACUCUGGGAGAAAAAGAAACAGCCAUCUUUAAAAAAAUGUAUUGAACUGCUCUUGCAGCUGUUGUAUUACUCUAGCACACAGUGUUUUUGAGAUUUCAUUUAAAGCAAAGAGUCAAAGUAAUUCCACUAGAAGGACAGAAAAAGGCCGAACCAUUGCAGGUAUUGUUGUUUUAUAAUUCUGUCUGAAGCACACUGGUGUCCGAUAAUCACUUUUUCAGCCAAACAUUAUUAAGUUAUUGAAAAACAUGGCUUGUAUGUCCUUUGUCAAUUCACAACUGUUACUGAUUUUGUCUGUUUUAUUACGAGAUACGAUGGAAAAAAGUAAUGUUUGUGAUAACUUUGCCAUCUAAUGCUAUUUUUUCAUAUGGGUAUAAGAAGCUAAUGUGCUUAAAUCUACUUGGUUUUGUGUUUUUUAUAUCUUUUAACAUUUUUUCUAAAAAUUCAAAACUUUUCUUCUAAAAAGGCCAAUAUUUUAUUGUGAAAGGUGAACAACAGACAACUCGAACAAAAUGGGUUCGAAGACCAAAGGCCAGUUUGUGUUUUUUUUUUUCGCGUCCAUGAGAUGUUGAAUUUUAACGUCCACCGAAGCUUCCUGUGUGGUCGUCAGUGUGAAAACCCAAAACUGUGCAUUCACCAAAGUAAAGUGGACGCUCCAUUCAUUCACCCUAUGCACUGUAUGUAUGUACUUUUUCAUGUUGUUCAAAUACAAAAAAGCAAAGCCGUU